CACCGCCGCUCCUUAUUACCCGCGGCCCAUCUCUUCCUCUCUCUCCAUCAUCACCCUCUCCUCCCCUCCCAAAACAACCACACCUACUCCACCAACAAUGCCUACUCACCAGGAGAUCGACAUCCCCGGACAGGGCAAGGUCAAGAUCCCCACCGGCCUUUUCAUCAACAACGAGUGGGUCGACCCAGUCAAGGGCGAGACCUUCGAUACUGUCAACCCCGCGACCGGCGAGAAGCUCAUCAGCGUCGCCCACGCCUCCAAGGAGGACGUCGACCUCGCCGUCAAGGCCGCCCGCAAGGCCUUCAAGACCACCUGGGGCGGAAACGUCGCCGGCACUGAGCGCGCUGCUGUCCUCUUCAAGCUCGCCGACCUCAUCGAGCGCGAUGCCGAGAAGAUUGGUGCCCUCGAGUCGCUCAACUCGGGCAAGGGUGUGCGCAUUGCUCGCGAGGCCGACGUCGCCGACACUGUCGCCUGCUUCCGCUACUACGCUGGUCUCGCCGACAAGGUCUUCGGCCAGACCAUUGACACCUUCGGCUCGGAGAAGUUUGUCUACACCCUCCACCAGCCCAUCGGCGUGUGUGGUCAGAUCAUCCCCUGGAACUACCCCCUCCUCAUGUGGGCCUGGAAGGUCGCCCCUGCCGUCGCUGCUGGCUGCACGAUCGUCAUGAAGCCCUCCGAGCUCACCCCCCUCACCGCUCUCCUUCUCUGUGACUACGCCAAGGAGGCCGGCUUCCCUCCCGGUGUGCUCAACACUGUCCCCGGUCUCGGCGCCACCACCGGCGACGCCAUCUCGCGUCACCUCGACAUUGACAAGGUCGCCUUCACUGGCUCGGUCAUUACCGGCCGCCGCAUCUCGAUCGCUGCCGCCGAGUCCAACCUCAAGAAGGUCACCCUCGAGCUUGGUGGCAAGUCGCCCAUGCUCAUCUUUGACUCUGCCGACGUCGAGGAGGCCGCCGACUGGACCGCCAUGGGCAUCUGGUUCAACUCGGGCCAGGACUGCUGCGCCUCGUCGCGUGUCUACGUCCAGGAGGCCGUCUACGACAAGUUCCUCGCCGCGCUCAAGAAGCGCGCCGAGGCCUGCGCCAUCGGCCAGCCCUCGGACGAGAAGACGUCCUUCGGCCCCCUCAUCAGCGCCGGCCAGCGCGACAAGGUCAUCUCGUACAUUGAGAGCGGCAAGGAGCAGGGCGCGCGCGUCGUGACUGGCGGCCAGAAGUGGCCCCAGUCGAACGGCGGUUUCUGGGUCGAGCCCACCAUCCUCGCCGACGUCAAGCACGGCAUGAAGGUUGUCGACGAGGAGAUCUUCGGCCCCGUCAUUGUCGCUGCCUCGUUCAAGACCGAGGAGGAGGCUCUCGAGCUCGCCAACAACACGACGUACGGUCUCGCCGCUGCCGUCUUCACCAACGACGCCCGCCAGAUGACCCGCGUCUCGCGCGCCCUCGACGCCGGCACAGUCUGGUGCAACCAGUACGCGCUCCUGCACGCCGGUGUGCCCUUCGGUGGCUUCAAGCAGUCGGGUAUCGGCCGUGAGCUCGGCACGUACGGUAUCGAGGCCUACACGCAGGUCAAGGCCGUCCAGCAGAACCUCUCGCAGAAGAUGGAGUGGCCCAUCUAA